AUGACUGAUGCAUUGUGCCAUUUAGUUGUAGAUGGGAACGAAGUUUUAGAAUUUAAAUUAGUUAGGGCAGUUGAUGAUCUUGAAAAUGAGGAAACAAGUUUUAGGCCAGAAAUGUGUCAUCAAGUGUUUGGCGAGAAUGAAAACAUAUUUGGCUACACAGACCUACACAUUAAGUUGUACUACAGUGCAGGCAGUUUACAAACUUAUCUUGGAAUUGAGUACACAGAGAAGAUUGAGCCUAAUAAAUCAGAAGGAAUGAAAGCAGAUGAUGUAGAGGGUGCUUUGAAGAAAGUUUUAGCACCUGGCUAUUUGACUAACUUAGAUCGUUUUGUGUCUCUUUUGAAAAAAGAAGAGAAAUUUGUACCACAUGGAAAGUUGGUUCAUGCAUUCACAGUUACAUCUACAGAGUGUGGAGAUAAGCGCUCAUUUGAAGUAUACUUCUCUGAAACAUCUACUCCUGGAUUCCUGCGUUAUCAUGAAAGAUUACAAACUUUUCUGCUCUGGUAUGUGGAUGCAGCAUCGUUUAUAGAUGUUGAUGACGAUCAAUGGACAUUUUUUACUGUAUUUGAAAAAUACGAAUCUAGUGAAGGCAAUGUGCGUUACGCCACUGCCGCAUACGCUACAGUUUAUCGUUACUAUGCAUAUCCAAAUCAUUCACGACCACGAAUUUCUCAAGUGCUCACUCUGCCACCAUUCAGGAAACUUGGCAUCUGUGCACAAUUAUUACAGGCAAUAUACUCUCACUUCAUUAUACAGCCUGAAGUAAUUGAUAUAGCAGUAGAGGAUCCAUCACAAGACUUCCAGAGAAUCAGAGAUUAUGUUGAUGCGAAGAACUGUAGCACUCUGUCUGCUUUCCAACCUGCCAAACUCUUAAAAGGAUUUUCUCAAGAGAUGGCAAUGCAAGCUCGUAGUAAGUUCAAAAUCAACAAAAAACAAGCGCGGCGCGUGUACGAGAUAUUGCGUCUAAAGUGCACAAACACUUCUGACAAGACUGCUUACUUAGCAUAUAGGCUAGAAAUUAAAAACAGACUUAAUGCACCUUUCCAGAAAAAGAAGUUAGAAAUGAAGAAACUGCAGAAGGUACUGAAACCUGAGGAGUUCGCGGCUACCGCGAGCUCGACGGGCAUGACCGAGACUCACGGCCGUCUCUCCUCACAGUACCUCGCUCUCGAGCAGGAAUACCGCCGCGUUAUACACAGAAUGGAACUCCAAUAA